GGGUUAUCCAUUUUUAAGAACUGGCAACAGUGCGUAAACACUCUUCCGGGCAUUUGUAGUUUAUUGAGGGUUGCAGUAGAGCAGUAAACAAGAAGUUUAUUUUCUGAAUCAAACCACCGUUUAUCUUCCUGAUAUGUUGAUCCAGACCUGGUUACUACCUGGGCUAUCCGUCCUACACCUUAGAUGAGUAUGAAGGUUACAAGACCUGCAGCUAGUUUGAAAGCUGCUCAAGAAGCAGCAGCAAAGGUGACAGCAAUGUUGGUGGCAUCGGGACAGCUCAAACCUUCUGAGCUACACAAGAAUAAGAACAAAAGCAGUAAGUCAAGUGACCUCUUCAUUGAGGAGGUUGUGAUUAAUGAUGCCCCCAUGAGUGCACGGAACUUUCUCACAAGAUCGUCUACGCAAGAAGAAAUCAGUAAGAUGUCUGGUGCUGCUGUUUCCACACGUGGUCGUUACAUGAGCCAGGAUGAAUUGAAGAAUCCCAGUAAAAAUCCAAGUGACCGGCCAUUGUAUCUUCAUAUUCAAGCUGUGAAUCAGCAAGAUGUAAAAGUGGCAGUUGGACGAAUCAUGCACAUUAUCAUGGAGCACAGUCAUCGCAAGAGCCAGGGUCUACAACGUCCUCGUGGACCCAGACCAAAUCCUGCCCCUGGCUUAAUGGGACCAAGACCUGGGAGUGGGCCGAGAGGCCCAAGGCCCCUAGUAUUUCGACCUCCUAGACCCGACAUGUCUGCUCCACCUCCGCAGUCACAUCCCCCGCCUCCUCUUACUAAUAUCUUCAGAGAAAAGGUGUUUCUUCCUGUUAACAUUGGACUGAACCCCAGUGAAGUUAGAGCACGCCUUUUAGGGGAAAGUGGCAUGAACCUUAGGUAUAUUCAAGAGGAAACUGGAGUGGUUAUAUCUAUACGAGGAAUUGGAUCUGGGUACCUUGAGCAUGCUACAGGUCAAGAAGCACAGGAUACUCUCCAUUUUUACCUUGAGCACGACAAUCAAGAGCAGUUUAACCAAGCCAAAGAUCUUGUUGUAAAUUUGGCACAGACUGUCAUUGGUGAAAUUCAACAACAGCAGCAGCAGCAGCAGCAACAGCCUCCAGCUCCACUUUUCACUCAUCCACCUCCACAACAACCAGAUGUGACUUUGGAAUUACGGAGAGAGAUCGUACACCUAUACCAAAGUGAGAGCUCGCUCAUCCUAACGUCUAAUUAUGGUGCUGGUGGUGCAGUUGGUCAGCCUCAUUUAGCUUCAGUGCCAGUAGCUGCUCAUCAGCUCUCAGCUCCACAAGCCCCUCCACCUCAGAUUUUGCAUUCCCAGAUGGUACCCCCACAAGUACCAGCACAUUCUCAGAUUGUACCACCACAUGUAGGACCCCCACAGAUGGCUCCAACACCUGUUCCCAUGCAGGGUCAGCUUGGAGGUCAUGCUUUACUGGCCCCACACCUUCAGGCUAGUGGCAGUAAUGUAUCACAGGAGGUUUUGCCUCAACAAGAGGUGAUUCAGGGAGCUGUGGUGACGUUGUCUCAGCAAGUUGUGCAUCUAACUGCACCCCCAGUGGUAUCCACUGCAGCACCAGUGCCAAACCAACAGUUAGUUCACACUUCAUCUGGCACUCAGCUCGUUACUCUUCCACCAGGUACUCAGAUAAUCAAUACUUCUGAUGGUCCUCGACUUGUUGCAAUUGCUACUGGCACUCAGGUGACAGCACCAGUAGCACCUGUGCCUGUCAGUCAUCAGUCACAUACUGUCCCAUUACAUGACCCACAAGCAGGACCAAGUUCCAUCAUCCAUCAACAGCCUCCUCCUCAAACUAUACCUGUGUCUGUUACUCCAAAUCAUUUGACCAUCAAUCAACCUCCUGUCGUUAGUGAUGGUACUGCUCAGUCUUCAGGGAUAGCAAGGCAAUUAGGGGUUAGUAAUUCUUUUUCUACUGUGAUGUCAAAUACUGUUAGUACUACCAGCCCUCAUACCAAUGUUGGUAUUCAUGGGAAUCCAGAAGUAACUGCCACUUACCCACCUUCGGUGUCAGUAACCCUGCCUCCACCCAGUACAAGCAUGGCAAUAGGAGUCCCUCCCCCAGUUACAGGUUUAGCUAUAGCACCAGGUGGCACCCCUACUUCUGCUAAUGUCUGCUUUGUGUUGACAUCUGGUGCAAAUACACUAACAACAACCUCUGGAGUUGGGUUGCUCGUAAACCAGGAUCCAAGUAUACCCUCCACAGGCCACAUGAAUGUGAGCCAACCGUUGGUAGUGGCAGGGGUAUUACCUCCAACACAGCAGCACCACCAGCAUCAGCAGGUAGCACAGGCAGCAACAGCAUCUUCUUAUCUUGGUGCAGCCCCAAGUCAGCAACUUAAUCCAUCUGGAUAUCCAUCCCAAUCUGUUUUAGAACAACCUGCAAGUACUGGCUACCCACCCCCUGACCAAUCUGUACAAGCAUACAAUCCUUCAAAUCCUGCAAGCACAACUAGUCAGCCAUACACCCAGCUUCAGUCGCAACAGCAUCCAAGAGUUGUCAGUGUAGGAUAUAUGCCAGUAAACCCUGCCAAUACCAUAGAUGGUCCACCUCCAACAAAAAUGGAAUAUCCUGGAGGAGCACCUGGCUCACUCACAGGCCAUCUUCCUACAACUUCUUUGCAGCCUCAGCAGGGACCAAAAAAUGAUCACCUGGCUUCUGGUUCCCCUUACUACACUCCUAGUAAUCAGUCCGAUCAAAGACCUGUUGCUUUAGAACAGCAGUGGCAGCAGUUUCAACAGCAGGUGAAGGUUGAGGGUGGACAGCAACAGUAUGACCCAUAUUCUGCUGCAGAUGAUGCAGAACUUCAUAGCGACGCAAACAUCCCAGAUUGCUCACAGCUCAUCACAACAGACAUCUGUAUCUCAGACUGCUUCGCAACAGACCCAGGCAGUUGGGCAACACCUCCAACAAUCUUUCAACAGUUUUGAUCCAUCAGGGCAACAGUCCACAACUGGUAGUAGAGAAGGUGAAGCUCGGGCCUCUGGGGCCUCAGCUAAAGAAGAUGCAAAAUCUCAUGGUACUGAAAGCCCAAGAAGCUCUUACUCCUUUUACUAUGGUCAAAAUCAAAGCCAGAAGCUAGAUGCAUCUCCUGAAAGGUCAGAACUUGCUACUCAACAACUUGCCCAGAAUGAUCAGAGGUAUCAGAAUGCUCAUGGUACAACUCAUUCAGAGAUGGUACCUCAAUCUUCUCCAAAUCAACAACAUAAUGGAUCACCACAAACUCACACCCAACAGAGUCAGCCUAUUGUUGGUCAGGUACAAUAUCAGGUAGGGCAGUAUCAGAGUGGGCAAUAUCAGGGGUUGUAUUCACAAGAUCCUGCACAGCCUAAGAAUCAAGAAGAGAGUAAACCAGAACUUUUUCAGCCUGGUCAUCAGGAAGAACAUUCUAAACUGGGAAAUAUAAGUGAAUCUCCUUACCAGCAAGGUUUGUCUCCAAAUCUUGUACCUUCAUCACAGGCUUCCAGUCUUCAGGGGCCUCCCCCUCAACAGCAGCUUCUCACACAAGGGCCACCACCAGACACUCAGUACCAACUAGAAAAUCAAUACCAGCAGGGUCCUCCGCCAGUACAUCCUCAGCAGAAUCAGCAAUAUUCAUCAGCUCAGUAUACCCCAGGUGGACAGUACCCUUGGGCACAGUACCCACAACCAUCUGGUGGUACUGGACAGUACCCACCUGGUCCAGUGACUCCAAAUAGUGUUCCAACAACAGGAACAUAUCCAAGUGGCCAAGUACCUUUCAAUGGAUCAGGAGCAUCAAGCACUUCUGGACCUUUUGCUGUAGCAGGAUCAAGUGACUGCACUUUUCCUGGUGUAAACAAUGGCCCAGGACAGUUUCCAGUAGGACCAAAUGGAUCAGGCACCCAUAGUAUGUUUCCUGUCAUGUCUGGGCAAGGUGAAAAGCAACAGAACUUUCAAGAUACAAAAGCGGAACCAGGGGUGGCCAGGGAUGUGACUGCAUCCUUGCUGAUGCCUCCACCACCCCCUCCCUCAUCGUCCAUACCUGCGCAGAGCACUGGAGUAAACAGCCGUGGGAGGGAGGAAAGCACAGACCGAAGCCACAAGAGGCAAAGAUCAUGUAGCUCCCAAGAUGAAAAGAUGUCACCAGGCAGAACAGGAGGUGUUACAGAUGAGUCUGUGGGUCAUGAAGAUUCUGGAUCAAACAGGGCAGGUGGAUCUGCUGGAUCAGUAGAUGGCUCUACUGGUUCUUUCUCUAGUCCAAGUAACUUUCAGGGUGGUCCUGGGAGCUUUGCUGCUGGAGGAGGAAAUUUUAUGGGAGGGCCACCAGGUCCAGGAGCAUUUUCAGGAGGUCCAGGUUACAUGAACCCAGGAGGCCCAUGGGAAUGGAAUCCCAUGCCUCGACCAUAUGGGGGCCUACCUGUAGGUCCAGGCCCAUUCAGUGGUCCACCUAAUGGACCCCCAAGCGGUCCCAUGGGAAAUCCCCAGAUACUGUAUAACAGAGGCCAUCGGGGUGAUAGAGACCGUGAUAGGGAAGAAAGUGGAGGAAGUAGAAGAGGAGGAAGAGGUGGCGGUAGAGGGGGAAACAACGCAGGAGGUCGUUGGAAUAGGGAAUUUCGAUUUUAGUUUGACGUUUGCGUUAAGUGGUGUAAAUAUCUGUAUAGUAUGCAGUUAGUGAAUGGAUAUUGGCACAUUUACAAGACAGCAAAUGAAUUGCCAUAUUUAUUUGUAUAUAAUUUAUGCCACAACAGUGUGAAUCUUUGUUGUGAUACAGAUGUAUUUGACAAUAAUUUUGACGUUGGGUUUAUUAUGUUAAAAAAUGGUAUGUAAUAGAAUUAAACAAUUGGAAUUUCUUAGAACAAUUCUUGUGAUUGUCAAGUGAUUUUACUUCUAGCAUGUAUAAUACUAAAAUAACAAUUGUAGUUCAGAACAUGUCAGUCACAGUUGAUUAAAAGUACAAAGUAUUGUAAAAUACACACAUUAACUUUUGAAAUAGCAACGUAAAAAUCUAUGAAAAAAAUAUCCUGCUAAGCUUCUUAAAGGCUUCUUAGAAAUUAAGUUCAAUUCUAAAAGGUUGUAUGCCUAUACAAAGACCUUUCAGAGUAAACCUUUUAGUUCUGUGAAGAACAAGCACCACGUAACUUUUAUGGCAGUUCAGUAUCCAAAGGUCCUCUGAAAACGUUGUACAAAGGAUGAGUGGAUCAACUAAUAAUAAACAUGUAUUUCUCGUGUAUUAGGCCUGAAAUAUUAUGUACUUGUGUACCAAAUGCACUAGAAUUCUUUUAAGAACCUCAUUAAUUCAUAACAAAGAUGUACUGUUACAACAGUUCUGCAAAGUUUUAUGGAAAUAUAAACAGUGAUUGUUGUGUAGUAAUUUAUAGUUUUUUCAAAGCAGAAAUAGACAGUAAAGAAAGGACUUUAGAAUUAAUAUCUUACUGCCAAUUCUAUUGUGUGUUUGUCAAAUAUAGUUUGGGAAGUAAUUAAGAAGACUAUAAUUUAAACUGGGGAGUGAGUAUACUACUUUAAACUGGGAAGUAAGUAUACUUACUUUAAACAAGUUAUUAAUUCCACAUGUAAAAAAAAAGCGUAAGGGCAAAAAGAUUAAGACUUUUUUUUCAAUGAUGUACUUUAUAAAUUGAAGUUGAUAGCUACUAAGAGUUCAUAGCAUAUUAGUAUUAUAAGAAAGUUACAGAAAUUUUCUCUUACUAACAAGUGGCUUUAGCUCUUUUCUCUAAAUGACAGCUACUAGGUAGGGCUAGGUUGUUAUGCAUUAUGCUGCCAUUGGGUUCAGGUCAGCCUGUUACUGUUAGCCAUAGCCAAAGUAAUGCAUUACUAUUGAAUAUACUUGUAAUCUCACUGAUAUUACAACUUGUAAGUUUGUCACUUCUGGCUAUUGGAAAAUCUUCCUUCAGGAAGUGGUUCAUUUAGUGAUAGUUAUUCAUCUGCUUAAGUUGGAUGCAUUUUUUCCCCCAUUUAGUAACUGUUAUCAGUGUGACAGAGGUAUAUUAGUUUAUACUCUUAAGAGUCAGAACAGUUAACUAGUAUUUCUAGAUGAAAGUUACUGAGAAUCCUAAUACCACAGUCAUUGCAUAUGUAACAGCAGCUGUAGCAGCAACUUCAUGUGUGGUGGUGACCUUAGCAAAUUCUACGUUUGAUGUAUUGGUAAUUUGUCACUUCAAGAGGCAGCAUUAAAUGCAGUGCCUUUGAUAUUGCAGUGCCAAAUUUUUCCACUACUCUGGUGUUUUUGAUAACAAAACAUGCUAUUAUAGUCGACAUUAUUGCAAGUCUGAUUUUCAAACAGUUUUUCUGUGAUAUUUAAAGUAAAGAAUCUUUAAACUGCAGAGUUGAAUAUUUAGAAUAGAUGGUCUUGUGUUUUCAAGUCCACUUCUCAGUUAAAUAGGUUUAGAUCAAGUAGAGUUUUUGGAUGUGAAAAUGAUAAAGGAUUUUCACUCUUUACAUCUUUAAUUUAUUUAAUGGAUACUGUCAUUCUUAUUCAUGAAGCACAAGUCCCUUGUGUAAAAUUUAGGAAUAUGAUUGAAUAAUUGCUUUUGAGAUUUGCUGUAGAAAGAUAUGCCAUAUUUGCCUUUUGUACCAAGUAGUGAUAUAAUAUAAGCUGCUGUUGUAAAUCUUCUAUUGGUGCAAUGUAAACUAGCUCUCAAAUUGAAGCAGUAGUGUUUGAUUAAAAAACAAAAAGUGUCUAAGUUAUCCAAGAUCCAAAGAAGGUAUAUCAACUAUAAUUAUGAAUACAGUAUUGUCUCCAAACAAUGAGUGUUUUGUGUGACUGUUUCUAACUUUUUCUAAUCCAUUGCAUUAUACCAUUCCUCCUUUUGAUUAAUCUUUUCAUUAUUUGUAAGAUGUUACAGCUGUUAAGUCUGUAGUAGUAUUUUUAGAACAGUUGUAUUUAACACCAAUCAGAAUUAGAGCUCUGAAACAUGUUUAUGUAGCUCACUGUUUGCAGGAAUUAUAUUCAUGAUUUUUACCAUUCCUCUUAGAAGUUUUAAUCAAGAUAUGUAAAUUAUUUUAAAAUUAUUUAUACAGAUUAAUCUUUUGAUAAGAUCUAACUAAGGUAUGGGGAUAUUAGCUUGUCAUAUACUGAAAUGAUUAUGACACAGCAUCACAUUAAGACCCAUUUUUUGUAAAAAAAAAAAAAAUAGUUAAGACGCCAUUGUAAAUAAUUGUACAGUAUAGAUUAUGUAUGUACGAAACUAUCUUGAGAGUGGUUUGUAUAUAAGAGUGUUAAAAGGCUCAGCAAAAGCUCUUUCAUGCUUGUAUGUGAUGUAGAUUAAAGGUAACUUAAGAGACAUGUAGAAUGUGGUAGGCUAUUUUGAGUCUUGCCAGGAAACUUGAUAUUUUCUUACUGCUCAGAUAUUUGUAAGUUAAUGUCUGUUGUUUAUAUGUAUGUAUGUGAGAUUUCCCAGGAACAUUGAACAGUAAUAAAUUAUCAUGGGUG